GGAGAAAAGCUGAUAGCAUGGAUUUUCUCAGCCAUUGCAGCAAUUGUCGGUACAUAAUGGGACCUUGUCGUCGACUGGGGACUCCUGCAACGGCAAUCUAAGAACCGAUGGCUGAGAGACAAACUUCUGAUCCCUCACAAAAGUGUAUAUUUUGGAGCCAUGGUGUUGAAUGUCGUCCUCAGGUUUGCUUGGUUGCAAACCGUCUUGGGUUUCAAGGUGUCUUUCUUACAUAGAGAAUCUUUGAUCACCAUUGUAGCCAGCCUAGAAAUCAUUCGUCGUGGGAUUUGGAAUUUCUUCAGGUUGGAGAAUGAGCAUUUGAACAAUGUUGGCAAGUACCGUGCAUUCAAGUCUGUACCCCUACCCUUCAACUAUGAUGACAACGAAGACGAGGAUGAAUAGGAAUUAAGGACGGAGCUUGCACACUGAAAACAGAGAGAGAGAAAAUGAAUUUUUUUUUUGGCCAGAGUCCACUAUAUUCCUUAUGAAGGCAGUCCACCAAACUAUUAUGAGAUUUCUGCCAGUGCAUGAUGCCUUCUCAACAGCGGCAUUCUUUGAUCUUUAAUAACGUAGGAAGUAUUACCUCUUGAAACAAAAAUCUGGCACUUUCGAGUUCCUGAUCUGUAGAUUGAAGUGUCCAGUGAGGCAAGAGACAAAUAUUUGUUGUUCGAUGUAAUCCAGUUGUAAGCCAGCUAAUCCUACCACUAUAAACCUUCAAAUUUGCAUUCACUUCUGAUA